AUGAGUGACACUACAAGCCCAGGGCUGGACGACUGGUCCAGCCACACUGAACCGGCGCGGUCCCCCACUCAGCUGCAACAUCCAGCGAAAAGAAGGCGGACAGACUCUCGUGGCCAUGCAUCUCGAGAAAUCGGGCUCAUGAGGAAUGGCGGUAAUUCGGGACUACCUCGAUUCAUUGGAAGUGGAAGUGGCAUACAUUUUAUCCGCACUGUAUAUGAUGUGUUGGCUCGGAGCGCUCUUGGAAGCCGUCCAGUUGAUCGAAACCAAGUACAGGGGGAUAUUGUACCAGGCGAAGACGAUGAGCUAGUCGACCCAGCUCCGGAUAUCGUCGAGACCCCUGGCACCAGAUCUCGUGCGCCUUUCUGGCGACAAGAUGAAGUCGUCGAAGACCCGAGUCAAGGGGCACCUACUAUCGACUUUGACAACUUGGUGCUUUGGACGAAAAGUUACUUUGAGAACUGGCAUUCAACUUUCCCCUUCCUCCAUGGGCCUGAAGUACUGGCAACGUUCGAGAGGGUCGCAACUAUCGGCAUAUUCAACAUAAGUGAGGCGGAUGCUACCAUUGUGCGCUCUUUAGUCUCGAUAUCUCUGGCUGAUGCGCGUCAAACCGGGACCAACCGAGCUGCCGUCCCAACAAGUCUUGUCUUUCUCAAUCAGGAACAUAUCGCGUCAAGUAUGGUGUUUGCAUUAGGAUGCCCUGCGUCUUUGAAAAGCAUUCAGGCAGCUGUCUGUGUUCAGCUCUUUCUAGUCUCCAUGCUUAAGUUUAACAUGGCGUCAAGACUUGGUGGGAUCAUCGUACGUAUGUCGUUCCAUCUUGGUCUAUACCGAUGUCCUGUUCGGUAUCCAAAUUUCAGUCCUCAAGAAGCCGCGAUGCGAAAGCGUAUUUGGUGGUCGAUCUACUGUUUAGAAAGAAUCGUUUGCCAGUCUCUAGGCCAUCCGUUGGGCAUAGUGGACGAUGACAGCGAUGUUUGUCUGCCCUCGCAUGAAAGCCAUAGACAACAUCCAUCGAGUGGCUCGACUGAAAACGACCCAUUACUAUUUCUUACUCUUCUCUCCAAACACGCCCGCAUUAGAGGUUUGAUAUUAGAACUUAGGCAUAAGUCCAUUGCGAUACGUCAUGAUACUGUUGACCGAGCUAUGGUUGUUCAAUCUGAAUUAGCCAAAUGGACGAAUGAUGUGCAUGACAGGACAGACGAUCGAGAGGACUUUCAGAAUGAGGGGGAAUCUGUUGUCAAAGAGCUGAUCUCGCCCUCACAAAAAGUUUUGCUUUCUAUCAUGCACCACGAGUCUACGAUCACGCUGUUCAGGCCACUUCUAGCAUCAGAAACCAAGUCUCCUGCUUCUCAAGCCGCACUGCAAACAUGCAUUGGUGCAUCAAGGGCUCUCAUAGAUACUGUCAUCACAAACAAUCCUCGGCAGAGUGGUAAAUCAAUUCACAACAUUAUGGUUUGGCCACUUCUUACGUGGUCGGUUUGGAUGAGCUGUUUCAUAUUGACAUAUGCAGCACUUGAGGGUGAAACAACAAUAUCUUCGGCACAAAAGUAUGCGAAGAAGGCGUUGUACAUACUGAAACAGCUUUCGGCUAGAGGUACAGUCUGGCCGGAAUCAUGUGCUCAUGGAGUAGAGCAUCUUGUGUCUGCACUCAAAGGGAAGCAAGAAGAGGGUCAUGUAACCGUGGUCGAAGGGGCGCGAAUCCCAACACUAUCUCAAGAGACGCGUCAAACGAGAAAUAACGCAAAUACUACUGACAGAAACAGUUCGCAAACAGUACCGCAGGAUAAAAAUUCGCUGGACAACGAGUUACAUUCAGGGACUCCUGUGACCCCCCAACCACAGCAAAAUGGGCGGAGCUCAUCAUCUGUCAUGCCAGGAGCCGUUCAUGGCGGUGAAGAGCACGUUUUCCAGUUCCGCUCCCCGUUUGAUUCCACACAGUUUAUACCCAACAAUGGUCAAUUUCCAAUGACCGAAAACCCAUCAGGGACAGAUUUAUAUAACCAGGAGUGGUUUGAUCCUCUUGGGGCCUUGGACUUCUCAAAUUUCGCUCAAGUUGGAACGAGUGACUCAACGCUUGGCUAUGGCCUUUUCUGA